AUGAAUCUGUCAUCGGCUACCCUUCCGAACGGUAUCGACGAUGACGAGGAAUUGAAAAGUCUCCACUCCCGCAUUGCCCUUUCCGGCUGGUUUGGCUUCGUGGCCGUGGUCGGGUUCGUAGGGAACCUCCUCAUCUUCAUCGUGGUCGUCAUGUACCCGAAACUCCGCACGAUCACCAAUGUAUACGUGACGAGCUUGGCGAUUGCUGACAUGACGACGUGCCUCAUCAUCCCGUUCAUUAUCGUAGGAGUCGUAUCGACCACGGGGUGGCCGUUCUCGGAGGCAUCGUGUGUUUUCGUCGCCGUCAUCACCUUCGCCUGCAAUGGGGCAAGCAUCUUUUCAAAGGUGAAUAUUGUGCUUUUUCUGAUUGUCACCUGGCUCAUCCCACUCAGCGUGAUUUUGGUCCCAUUCCUCGGUGGCUUCACCCGUCUGGGUUAUGACGAGGGACCGCACGUGUGUACGGACAUCGAAGACAACGAAGAUGGUUCAGAGAAUCAGUUACAUAGCUACCUGCAGGCAACAUCAUUGACUUGUAUCCCUCUCGCGCUCGUGCUUCUCUUCUACGCCCGUAUCUACAUCCAUGUCCGCAAGCACGAAAGGGGGCUGAACAAGUGGAAGAACACUUCGACUAAGCAACCGCCCGCAGCAGCUGUCCCGGCUACAGUCACCAGCCAAACCUUGACACCGGUUGCGACAACCGAUGCGACAGUACCCGACGCUGUCAAGGGUACAUCUCAGGCGCCCUCAACGUCAGCCACUAUUCCGACCCAUCCCACCGCUGCCGCUCAAAACAAGGGUGACCGUCAAAGGUCCCUCGAGUACCGGAUCACCAAGAACGCCUUCUACGUAGUCCUUGGUUUCCUCCUGUGUGUGAUCCCCUACGGUAUCUGCAUCCUGGGCCAGUACGGACCAAGUGGCACGCCGUUAGCGAUGGCCUUUCUUCUGUUCAACAGUUGUCUUAACCCCCUUAUCUAUGGUACAAAGCACCCGCAGUUCAAGUCAUCCUUGAGGAACCUGUUUAGAGGGCGCUUCAGUGCACCACUCGUAACGUCGAAUUCAGUUGGACCUUCUGGACAAUGA